AUGCUAUCACUUCUUGACUUGAUGACAAAUAUAAUAUCCGAAAGUAAAGAAAAAUCGAUGAGAAGCCAUGACAAAGCACCGUUCAGGAGAUCUGCACCGACUUGCCAGUACAUCCCCAACUAUGCAUCGACGCCGAAAUACAAGCCGUUCAAUUACACGGGGACAUUAGUGACCUCGUGUUACGUCUGCGGAUUGGAGGAGCACGAAAUACCCACAAACACUCUAUGCGAGGACGCUUUCUCGAACGGUGAUUCCUUUCAAGAGUAUCAAUACAGAUUUAAGAAGAAUUGCCGCUACGACCACCACACUACCAAUUACUGCGCGGACAAACACGACCCCUACGCGGUGUGGGGUCGCUGGACUGGAGGCUGUUCCGUGCGAAGAAUGGACAUCAGCGGCAUCUACACGCAGAGGACCUGCAGGAACCGGUGGACGCCCACCAUGGGCAACCAUUUUGCCAGCCAGCGAAUGGCCAAGCUCGAACUCGGACUCAGUAUCGUGCGCUUCCGGCGUGUCGUUUCCGCCGUGACGUCAUUCCGGAUCCGCCCCAGGAUCGGGAGAAAGAUG